GCCUCUGCAGCUCUUGGGCAUUUCUGCGUCUUGUAGGCCACCCUGUGCGACUCACUGCUGGCGGCCAAACAUACAUCGAGCUGGUGCCUGACUAGGCACAAUCGAUAUGCCGCUAAUCAAAGGCACCUCUCACUCAGCCUUUCUCCAUCAGUUUCAUCUCUCCCUCUCUCUUUCUCUUCCUCCCCCGGCAUCAAACAUCGAAACUCGUACUCUCAUAGCGUUGAAUCCAUUCUUCCGUUUGUUUUGCACUCUGUUUCUCUCUUCUUCUUCUUCAAGCCUGCUUCUUCCACCGUUCACCAGCCAUGUCGCGUGCACCGGCCCGCCCUAUGGCCAUUCCCAUUCCAUUUUCAAUACCAUCCAGCGACGACCAGCCGGAGCCAUUUCAGAGCUCUGGAGAAUAUCUUCAACACCUCCAGAGCUUAACGCAUUUUAAUUCUGACCUGCAAAAAGCCGGCUAUGUUAUGCAACAGCUAUCGCAAGACUAUCUAGAUCGCAAGCGGAGGUGUUUUCUAUGCAGCCGCCAUCUCCCUUACAAGUUGAAAAAGACCGGUUACUUGCCCAAGACGCCAGUUCAAAGACGGGGAAAUAAUGAUGAGGAUGAUGAUGAUGAGGACCUCGGCAAACCUAUCAGUCAGGCCGACCAAGGUGACUCAUCCAAAAAAGCUAAGAAGCCAGUCUUGCACUGCAAAUACCAUCCUGGAAGAGUCAUUCAAAGGAAAUGGACCUGCUGUAAUGGCAUACCUGGUUCGCCUCCCUGUCAGGGCAGGGAAGACCACACGCCAAAGAUCUAUGCCGCCGGUGAGCUGGAAAAGGAAUGGAAAUACUUCCACACACCCUUUUUCCAAUCUAGAGGCGCUCCAGCAGUCGCGGUCGUCAUCGACUGCGAAAUGGGAACAGCUUCAACGGGAGAAUCCGAACUGAUCCGUGUCUCUGCUGUUGACUACUUCUCAGGCCAUGUCCUGCUCGAUAAACUUGUGUAUCCUGAUGUUAAGAUGAUUCAUUUCAACACAAGAUUCUCGGGAGUCACUAGGCAAGACAUGGAGAACGCACGACGUACGCGGUCGUGCCUCAUGGGCCGCUCCGCUGCUAGAAAGGCCCUCUGGGAGUUUAUUGGUCCCAAUACCAUAGUCAUUGGGCACGGCGCCAACUCUGAUUUCACCUCUUUGCGUUGGAUUCACCCAGUCAUUAUCGACACGUACCUGGUCGAAAAGGCAAACAGGCCUCCAGAGGAGGAGAAGCAGGAGAAGCAAACACAACAAACUUCUGAGACCAUUACUGUUAAGCAAGAGCUUCAAAAGGAUGAAGCAACUACUCAACAAGGGUCCGAUGAAAAGGGCCCCACGGCACCAAGACAAAGAGGAGGGCUAUCGUUGAAAGCACUGGCAAAAGAGAGGCUUGGGCGAGAUAUCCAAAUUAGGGGCAAGGGGCACGACAGCGUGGAGGAUUCAAUCGCGGCACGGGACAUCCUGCACUGGAACGUCUGCAACCUUCUUGAGCCAUCCAACAAUCUCAUUUGAUCAAAAUUAUCAAUCGAUAAGCUCCUAUUCCAAUACUCUUGCUCUUAGCGCUUGCAUAAACGAACGGUUAAAUCACAUGCAUCCUACUACAUAUCUUAUCCACGGUAAAUGUGAACAUGGGC